AUGGCUCUCAUCAAAAUUGUCACGGUGUCAUUCUUUCUGUGCUUAACUAUUAUUGGAGUUUUGGGCGAUGAGGAUCCUCUCCAGGAUUUCUGCGUCGAAGAUCCAAACUCCAAUGUGUUCAUCAACGGAGUUCCUUGCAAAGGUCCCACCACAGUCACUGCCGAUGACUUCACCUCCACAAUCCUUCGUCAGGCUCCAGUCACAAACAACACACUGCGAAUCCAAGCCGACUUGAUCGAUGUCAGACUGUUUCCAGGCCUCAACACGCAGGGACUCUCCAUUGCUCGCCUUGCAUUCGGUCCAUUUGGCGUGAAUCCUCCGCACAACCAUCCCCGAGCGUCCGAGGUCAUCUGGCUCCUCCAAGGACGCCUCUAUGUUGGAUUUGUGUCAACUUCCAACCGGUUGUUUGCAAAAGUUUUGUAUCCCGGUGAUCUGUUCAUCUUUCCCAGGGGACUAGUUCACUUCCAGCGAAACCUGGAUAAGUCGGAUACGGUUGCGGUGGCUGCGCUUGGAAGUCAAAACCCAGGAAGGACAGACAUUGCUAGAGUGUUGUUCCAGACCACUCCAGACAUCAUGAACGAAGUUCUGGAGGCAACUUUGCAGGUUGACGAAACUGAGAUUGAUGAGUUACGACGUGGAGCUGUUCGAGAAGGUUUGAUAUCCCGGGGACUUGUUUAUCUUUCCUCGAGGGCUGGUCCACUUCCAGCGGAUGACCCGGUCAGCGCUCCCGCUAUCGUCACUCUUGGGCCUGGUCGCACGGAUGUGGCUAGGGCUUUUUUCCAGACUCAAGAAUCUGAUAAUCUGAACGAAGUGAUUGAAGCAGCUCUCCAAGUUGACGGAAGUGAUUGA